GCAUAGACACCAAGAAGAAAGUGCAGGUGUGCAGUCAUUCAUAUAUACAACGCAUUAGGGUUUAGCGUAGUCUUAAAAUCUAAGCAAAUACUUAAAUCAACAACAAUGCAAAGCGUGCUGAACACAGUUAAAGGCACAGCGCUCAAUGUAGCAGAAUAUUUAACUCCUGUUUUAAAGGAGUCGAAAUUUCGCGAAACUGGCGUACUAACACCAGAGGAAUUUGUGGCAGCUGGUGACCACUUAGUCCACCAUUGUCCCACUUGGCAGUGGGCGGCGGGCGAUGAAAGCAAAACAAAGCCGUACUUGCCAAAGGAUAAACAGUUUCUGAUAACACGAAAUGUGCCGUGCUAUCGCCGCUGCAAACAAAUGGAGUAUGUGGGCGAGGAGACGCUGGUGGAGGAGGAGUCUGGCGACGGCGGCUGGGUGGAGACGCAUCAAUUAAACGAUGACGGCACCAAUCAAAUCGAUGAGAAGAUAUGCGAACUGACGCUGGAUGAGAGCAAGGACGAAAUGCACACGCCCGAUAGCGACAAGACGUCGCCGGCGACUCCGGCGCCAAAUGAUGAUAAUGAGGAUGAUGAUGAAGCCAUUGACAUGGAUGCAUUUGAGGAGAGCGGCAUGCUGGAGCUUGUCGAUCCCGCCGUGGCCACCACCACGCGCAAGCUAGACGCCGAAACGCAGCCCAGCAACCCAGCUGGAGCUGCAGCUGCUGCAGGAGAGACCGCCAGCAGCGGCGACUCCGUGCUGCACACGCGAACCUAUGAUCUGCACAUCACAUACGAUAAAUACUACCAGACACCGCGAUUAUGGGUCGUCGGCUAUGAUGAGCAGCGCAAGCCGCUUAACGUUGAGCAAAUGUACGAGGAUGUUUCCCAGGAUCAUGCCAAAAAGACUGUUACAAUGGAGUCGCAUCCGCAUUUGCCUGGGCCCAAUAUGGCAUCGGUCCAUCCGUGCCGCCAUGCAGAUAUUAUGAAGAAGAUCAUCCAGACCGUGGAGGAGGGCGGCGGCCAGCUGGGCGUGCAUUUAUAUUUAAUUAUAUUCUUGAAAUUUGUGCAAACCGUCAUACCAACAAUUGAAUACGAUUUUACGCAGAAUUUUAACAUGUCCUAAACGGGACAAUUUUAAGUUCAAUUUGAGAGCAAUAUAACAAAUAAAUUAUGCAUUAAUUAUACCUAAACAACGUAUAGUAAACGUAUAAUAAAAGCAAUCGCUGCGGCAUACUCAAAUUUAUGCUUCCUUACAUCAAUAGAGAAUUUCAAUUACUUUCCUUUUUUUUUUUAUAUAUUUACGUUUUAUUACAUUUGUUUGUUGUUGGUUGGUUGGUUGCUCGUUUCAAACAUCUCUGAGAUGACAUUUUUAUGUUAACGUAGUAAUAAUAAACAUAAUUAUGCAUAUAGUUUUGUUUUGUUUUUUUUUUUUUGUUUAGGUAGUUUUGUUUUCUGUCUAGUUAAAUGAUUUGCUUAACGCUGUUUGCUUGCUUCGAACAAAUUUAAAACUUACAACAGGUGUGUGUGUGUGUGUGUGUGUGUGUGUUUGUGGUGUUCUUGCAAUAUACUUAUUAAGCUUCAAUGCACAUAUAACUUUGAUUUAUAU